AUGGUGAUGGAUGAGAUACGCGGCCGUCUGGCCCUAGUCACGGGUGCAUCAGGAGGAAUCGGAGCAGCAUGUUCUCAUCAGCUGGCUCAACAUGGAGUUCAUCUCGCAUUAACCUACUCGAGCAAUCUGACAUCGAUAGACGAACUUGUCACAGAACUGCAGUCUAGAUACGCCGAGAACAAGCUGCGCAUUUCCACCCACAAAGUCGAUGUUGGAUCCGCCGACCAAAUCGAAAGUCUGUUCCGCGAGAUUGACACUCAACACGGUCAAAGGCCCGAUAUGCUGAUCUCAAAUGCUGGAUAUGGGAAACGAAUAACUAAUAUAUGGGACAUUCCGCUUGAGGAAUUCGAUUACAUGCUUAAUGUUAAUCUUCGUGCUUCCUUUGUUCUGGUCAAGGGCGUGGUAGAGCACAUGAAGGCACAGCGAUGGGGCCGUAUCGUGUUCAUGUCUUCGAUCGCUGCUUAUGGGGGAGGAAUCAAUGGAUGUCACUACGCAGCGUCCAAGGGCGGGCUUACCGGCAUGAUGAAGAACCUUUCCACGCGUCUGGCUGAGUACAAUAUCAGUGUCAACGAUGUCGCACCUGCUAUGAUUGGUGAUACGGGCAUGGUCCCCAAUGCCUUAGCAAUCCAAGAUACGGUGGCAACUAUUCCUUUGGGCCGCUUAGGUACGCCUGAGGAGACAGCAAAUGUGGUCAUGAUGUUAGUUUCUACCGGGUAUAUGACGGGCCAGAGUCUGUUGUUAUCCGGAGGGUUGAAAUAG